CUUUGGGGGGGAAGUAUAGUCCAAAGAGAGGGACACACAGAGGCGCACACACACUCGUGCAUACAUUUUGGGCAGCUGAACGGAACACAGGCCCAGUUGUGUACAUGUACACACGGAGAGGUGGACAUAUUUAUAACUACAUUAAGGAGUAAAUACCCGAAAAUGGAGUUGGACUUAUGGAAUUAAAGCGUAGAAGACUUGAAAUGGGCCGUCUGCUGCUGCUUUUUCUGCUGCGGAGUUGCCUGCUGUCGGCGGUUGACGGCACACCUCUCCUCCUCUUUGCUAACCGGCGUGAUGUACGAUUGGUGGAUACAGAGGGCGUUCGGGGUGAGUCAGCCAUCGUUGUGAGUGACCUGGAGGAUGCAGCAGCGGUGGACUUCCUGUAUGCUGAGGGCCUGAUAUUUUGGACAGAUGUCAGUGAGGAGGCCAUUAAACAGACGCAAUGGAAUCAGUCAUCCAACUCUCUUAAAGAGGCACUUGGAACUGGUCAGACUGUGGUAGUAUCAGGGCUGGACAGUCCUGAUGGGCUGGCCUGUGACUGGUUGGGAAGAAAACUCUACUGGACAGACUCAGAGACCAAUCGGAUUGAAGUGGCCAACCUUGAUGGCACCUCUAGGAAAGUCCUGUUUUGGAUGGACUUAGACCAGCCCAGGGCUAUCGCUCUCAACCCGGCACAAUGCUACAUGUACUGGACAGACUGGGGAGAGGAGCCUAGGAUAGAACGUGCUGGUAUGGACGGCAGCAACAGGAAAGUUAUAGUGGACGUGGACAUAUACUGGCCCAAUGGUCUUACCAUUGACCUGGUGGAACAGAAGUUGUACUGGGCAGAUGCCAAACUCAGCUUCAUUCACAGAGCUAACCUUGAUGGAUCAACACGUGAAACAGUGGUGGAGGGAACCCUGACCCAUCCUUUUGCACUAACAUUGUCUGAGGAGACCUUAUACUGGACUGACUGGCAGACCCGCUCCAUCCAUGCCUGUAACAAACACAACGGCGACAAAGCCAGGGAGAUCCUUAGUGGUAUUUACUCUCCUAUGGACAUCCAGGUCCUCGAGCCCUAUCGACAGCCUUACAUCCGGACGCCAUGUAGUGACAAUAAUGGAGGCUGCAGUCACCUCUGCCUACUUUCUCCAGUCCAACCUGCCUACAGCUGCGCCUGCCCCACUGGAGUCCAGCUAAAACCAGAUGGAAAGACAUGCAAGCCAGGAGCUGAGCAGGUUCUGCUGUUGGCUCGACGAACUGACCUGAGGAGAAUCUCACUUGACCUGCCAGAUUUCACUGACAUAGUGCUACAGGUUGAUGACAUUCGCCAUGCUAUAGCUAUAGAUUAUGACCCAGUUGAGGGUUACGUUUAUUGGACGGAUGAUGAGGUUCGGGCCAUCCGCCGAUCCCACAUUGAUGGCAGCAAUGCCAUGAUGUUGGUCACCACAGAGAUCAACCACCCAGAUGGCAUUGCUGUGGACUGGGUGGCCAGAAACCUGUACUGGACUGACACUGGCACCGACCGAAUUGAGGUUACCAGGCUCAAUGGAACCUCUCGGAAAAUUUUGAUAUCGGAGAACCUGGAUGAACCCAGAGCCAUUGUCCUGGACCCUGUUAAUGGCUACAUGUACUGGACUGACUGGGGUGAACAUCCAAAAAUCGAGAGGGCUAACCUUGAUGGAAUGGACCGGGUGGUUCUACUCAACAGCUCUCUUGGCUGGCCCAAUGGAUUGGCUCUAGAUUAUGCAGCAGGAAAACUAUACUGGGGAGACGCUAAAACUGACAAGAUAGAGGUUAUUAAUGUGGAUGGCAGUAACAGACAGACUCUGCUGGAGGACAAGCUGCCUCAUAUCUUUGGUUUUACUUUGCUGGGUGAUUACAUCUACUGGACUGACUGGCAGAGACGCAGCAUUGAGAGGGUUCAUAAAGCCACGGCUGUACGAGAAAUCAUCAUCGAUCAGCUGCCGGAUUUAAUGGGGCUGAAGGCCACUAAAAUGACAGAGACUCACGGUACAAAUGGCUGUGCGCAGAAUAAUGGCAGAUGCAGCCAUCUGUGUUUUUGGAGUCGGCAGGCUGUCAGCUGUGCCUGUCCCAUAGGGAUGGAGCUUCUUUCAGACCUGCAGACCUGUGUUGUGCCAGAAGCCUUCCUGCUCUUCACCAACAGGGACAACAUCAGGAGCAUUUCUUUGGGUACCAACAGCAAUGACGUGGCCAUUCCUCUGACUGGAGUCAAAGAGGCCUCUGCUCUGGACUUCGAUGUCUCUGAAAGGAGAAUAUACUGGACAGACAUACAGGCCAAGACAAUCAGCAGAGCAUAUAUGAAUGGCAGCUCUGUAGAACAUGUCAUAGAGUUUGGACUGGACUACCCAGAAGGUAUGGCAGUUGACUGGAUGGGUCGUAACAUCUACUGGGCUGAUACAGGCACUAACCGCAUCGAGGUGGCCCGGCUGGAUGGCCAGUACCGGCAGGUUCUAGUCUGUAAGGACCUUGACAACCCACGUUCACUGGACAACCCACGAUCGCUGGCGUUGGACCCUGCCAAUGGCUACAUGUAUUGGACAGAGUGGGGUGGUCGACCUCGCAUAGCCAGAGCAUACAUGGAUGGCAGCACCAUCACCACCCUGGUGGAUAAAGUGGGCCGGGCAAACGGACUAACCAUUGACUAUGUAGACCAGCGACUCUUCUGGACUGAUCUGGACACGUGCAUGAUCGAAAGCACCAACAUGCAAGGUCUGCAGAGGGAGAUCAUAGUAGACGACCUUCCUCAUCCUUUCGGUCUGACUCAGUACCGGGAUUUUAUCUACUGGACAGAUUUUAACCUGCGUAGCAUUGAACGGGCAGACAAACGCAGUGGACUAAACCGCACUGUGGUGCUGCAGGGCCAGCUGGAGCUGAUGUUGGACAUCUUGGUGUUCCAUUCCUCCCGCCAGGAGGGGACCAACGAUUGCUUACAUAACAAUGGCAACUGUGCCCACCUUUGCCUCGCCACACCUGCUGGUGCCCAGUGUCGCUGUGCCUCCCACUACACUUUGAACAGUGAUGGACAAAACUGUAGCUCCCCCUCUAGUUUUCUGCUCUUCAGUCAGAAGGCUAGUAUCAGCAGGAUGGUUUUGGGAGAGCAGAGUCCUGACAUCAUUCUGCCCAUUCACGUUCUGAGGAAUGUCCGGGCUGUCAACUACGACCCACUGGACCGGCUAGUCUACUGGCUGGAUGGACGACAGAACAUACGCAGGGCCAGAGACGAUGGAGCCAUGCCUUCCAUGAUAGUCAGCAGCAGUGUCCAGCCAGUGGACAACCAGCUUCAUGACCUGAGCCUGGACCCCUACAGUCGCCACAUUUACUGGACCUGUGAGACUACCAACACCAUCAACGUCCAGAGGAUGGAUGGACACACUGUAGGCGUGGUCUUGAAGGAUGACACUGACAAGCCACGGGCCAUUGUGGUCAAUGCUGAGAAAGGGUACAUGUAUUUCACCACAGUGCAGGAGCGCUCAGCCAAGAUCGAAGGAGCCAGUCUGGAUGGGACAGAACGAGAGUCUCUGUUCACUACCGGUCUCAUCAGGCCAGUAGCCCUGGCUCUGGACAACAAACUGGGAAAACUGUUCUGGAUCGACGCUGACCUCAAACGCAUUGAGAGCAGUGAUCUGACAGGAGCCAAUCGCAUUGUCCUCCAGGAUUCCAACAUUCUUCAGCCAAUGGGGCUGACAGUUCUUGGAGAUUAUCUGUACUGGAUUGACCGGCAGCAACAGAUGAUAGAAAGGGUAGACAAACUGACCGGAGAUGGACGCACGCGUAUACAGGGACGGAUAUCAUACCUGACCUCCAUCCAUGCUGUGGAAGAGAUGGAACCACAGGAGUUUGCAUCCCACCCUUGUUCCCGUGACAAUGGGGGCUGUUCACACAUCUGCAUUGCUAAGGGUGACGGCACACCCCGAUGCUCCUGCCCCAUGCACCUGGUGUUACUGCAGGACCUGCUGCACUGUGGAGAGCCUCCCACGUGCUCCACAGAGCAGUUCACCUGCUCCACAGGGGAGAUAGACUGUAUUCCUAUGGCCUGGCGCUGUGAUGGCUUCCCUGAGUGUGAUGACAGCAGUGAUGAGGAGAACUGCCCUGUCUGCUCAGCCUUCCAGUUCCAGUGUGAUAAAGGAGGCUGCAUUGAUGCCCAAAGGCGCUGCAAUGGUGAACCCGACUGUGCUGAUCACUCUGAUGAGCAGGACUGUGAAACCAUCUGUCCCCCUAACCAGUUCCGCUGUGGUGACAACCAGUGUAUCACCAAGAAACAACAGUGUGACAGUUACUCUGACUGUCCAGAUGGAUCAGAUGAGCUUGCCUGCGAGUAUGUGUCUCCUCCCUCCAGUGGCAUCCCUAAUACUGGGCCUAACACCAUCGGCCCAGUCAUUGCCAUCAUCCUGCUUGUCUUUGUGAUUGGGGGAGCUUAUUUUGUCUGCCAGCGUGUGGUGUGUCGACGCUACAAGGGUCCCAGUGGGACUUUUCCUCAUGAGUAUAUCAGUGGUACGCCCCAUGUGCCUCUCAAUUUUAUCGCCCCCAGCAGCUCACAGCAUGGUACCUUCCAAGGUAUUUCCUGUGGAAAGUCCAUGAUGAGCUCAGUCAGCCUGAUGGGCAGCAGCAGCAGUGGGGCUCCUCUCUAUGACAGGAACCAUGUGACUGGAGCCUCAUCUAGCAGCUCAUCAUCUACCAAGGGAGCCUUCUACCCUCAGAUCCUGAACCCUCCUCCAUCCCCGGCUACUGAUCGCUCUCUCUACAACACAGAAGUCUUCUACUCAUCCAACAGUCCAUCCACCACCAGAUCAUACAGACCAUACCAUCCAGUCCGAGGUGCUGCACCACCCACUACACCCUGCAGCACUGAUGUCUGCGACAGUGACUACACCCCUCACCAUCCGCCGUCUGGCCUGGCAUCAUCGACGGGCCGUUGGAAGGCCGCAGGCCAUGGCAGCCAUGGCAAACACAACAAGUACUACAUGGACCUUAACUCAGACUCGGACCCCUAUCCUCCACCCCCUACCCCCCGCUCCCAGUACCUGUCAGCUGAGGAGAGCUGCCCUCCGUCCCCUUCAACUGAGCGCUCCUACUUCCACCUGUGCCCCCCUCCUCCUUCGCCCUGCACCGACUCCUCGUGACCCUCCAACAGCCCAGGAGCCCUGUGAGGAAGGAAUGGAUGAAGUCCACUUGCAACACGAACUGGUCAUGUCUGGCCGACGUUAACAGGGAAAGAACUCAUGUGCCAACUUCCAGCCCUGACCAGUUCACACAUGCUGCUUUAUAUCAGCUGGUCAGCCUCAUGUGCAUUACUUAAUGUCCCUACAUCCCACAAUGAACAUUUUAUCAUUCCAGUCAUCCUGGAGCUCUCAGGAUGAGCAUCACCUGAUCAGUUAUAUGUCUUCCACAUAUCCUACUCUAACAUUUACUCCCUUGUGCCGGGUUGAAGUUUAGAGGCAUUGCCUGCCUUGUUGCUGGGCAUGGAAAGGAGACAAAUACAGCCACCAGCUCCCUCUUGAAUUGUCAUUCCAACAAAUGAAGACAACUUCCUUUACUGGGCCACUUCUUAAUCACAAAAUUUUGAGAAUUCCAUUUUUCCAAGUAUAAGCCUAUUAUCCCCCUCGCAUGCUGCACCUGCCCUGUCUUAAAUCCUUCAGCAUGUGCUCGCUGAGAGAGUUACCAGUUGACAUUGGUGUUGUGUGAAAACCAAUAUCCAGUGCCACAAAUCAUUCAUUAGGAUUAAAGCCAAGAUAUGGACAAGACCAUUCGUCUUCUCCUUCCUCACAGCAUUCAGACUAGUGGCAGGACUGUACAUAGUGUUAAAAUAAUAUGAACAAAAAUAAAUCAGAGAAGAAAUUAUUUUACUAUUUUAUUCACGUUGGCUGAUCCACCGCUCCACAGAAAGCAAAGCUGAGUGGAUGCAUGAAAGAGUGAAUAUAUGGACGGAUGAAUGAUUACACAGCUAUGUUCAUGAGAAUAUGUGAAUGUUUCGCUUGAUGUUAGAAAUUAGAUAAUUUACGGAUGAUGACUGAAUGAAUUUGUAGAAUUAUGAAUGAAUGAAUGAGUGGAUGGAUGGAUACAAUAGGGCCAAGAUCAAAGUGUGAAAUCUGUUGUACAUUGUUUUGAGAUUGUUUCCCUUACAUUUCACGUUGAGAAUUCUUUGUAGCUGAACAAAGGGCCUCCAGAGUGGCCGAGCUUUCCCCAGUCAACACAGAGACAAAGACAAAUCUGCCCUGUGUCCUUUCUUUAUCCCAUGAAAUCCCUGUCACAUCAACAUACCAAAUGAAUACCAAUAUGUAAAAUUUGUGUACAUAUAGUAUAUGUAAUGAAGUCAAUGAGUUGAGAGAAGUGAAUUCUUUUCAUUGUGAAUCUGAACCUCUUCCAUCACAUGUACCCUCAUCAUCCCGUUUACCAAAAGUAUGUUUGCUGCUAUUGUGUACAUAUACUAUAACAUUUACUAUGACACUACACAGAAAGCCCCAAAUUACUACUUUCAUACUGACAGUAGAUCAUGAAGCUAUUAUACAGUUAAUAACAAAUUAUUCUUAUAGCGACUUUUGUUAUUCGUAUUUCUGUUUGUGUGUAGAUCAUUAUGUAUGUUUUUAUGUUGGCCGCCAUUUGGUUUAAAGGAGUGUUUUUGUGGAGUAAAGUGAAAUCAAUGUGACGGGUUGAAGAGUUCCUGCUAAUACAGUUUAUUCAGAGCUGCUCCAGAAAUCAACUGAAGUUCAUAGUAUGCUUGAGAUGAAUCUUGCCAGAUCUAUCUCCAAGAACUGUCUUUUGUGUGGUUUUAAAGUGUUGUCUCCAACAACAACCCUGAUUCCAAAAUAGUUGUGGAAUUGUAAAAGUAGAAAUAAACCACAAUAUAAUUAUUUGCUCAUCCCUGACAUGAUAUAUAGCAAAUGAAAACAGAACAAUGACAUUAUAUUUUACCUCAUCAACUUAAUUAAUUUCAAACCAGUUGGGAUAGGAGCUCUGUUGCCAACUGGUCUGAAAGUUGUGGCAUGCUCCAGAAACACCUGUUUGGGACAUUCCAUGGUAAACAGGUUCAUUGUUGACAGGUGAUAGUAUCAUGGUUGGGUAUGAAAGGGCCAUCCUCAAAAGGAUCUCAACUUUUUGAACUCAGGAUUAUAAUUCCACACCUACACAGCAAUCACUCUGUAGGGUGAGCUUGAAAUUAUGUUUUAGCCACUGUUUGCCAGGCUGUCAAACGCUUGGUUCAAAGCAUCUUAAGGUGUAUAGUUGCUCAUAAUUUCCAUGGUGAACCUCACCUUUGUUCUUCAGAUACAGGUCUCUCCUAACCUACUAGCUGAGGGGCACCAAGAUUUUAAUGAGAGGAUGACCUUUGCUUUUAUCAAACAACACCAUGUUUUAGUUUGAAAUGAUCCCCCUUCAGAUAUUUAGAAUAUCAGAACAAUUAGAAUGUUUGUUCAGUCCAAACCUUUUGGAUCAUAGAGUGCAGUAAACGUUACAGCCUUCAGAUUGUUUUUUAAUAUCUGUAACGGUGCAGCAUAUUUUCCUUGGUAUUUUUACCACCUCAGAGGUCUGUUUUGAUAAAACCCCACUUAUUCUCUACUGUUGAUACUAUUGUACUUUGAGUUUCUGGGCUUCAAAAAAACAUUAUAAAUAUUAUGAUCACAUGACAUAGCAACAAAAGGUGAAAGACAUUUUAUACACUUGCAAAAAAAAGAAAAUCUUAUUAUUUACCUGUAAAAUAAACAUUGUCCUCAAACACAGAGAAUGUUCUGGUUAAAGAGAUAACAGGUCAAAUAUAUCUUGUUGACUGUGCAUUCCAGUCCUCAAGAAUAAAUGAGUGUGUCUCUUUUAGAACAAUCAGUGAUGGCAAUUGUGCCUAGAAGAGGUUCAUCAGCACUGGAGAACAUCACAGUCUCCUAAUAGGGAAGUAUACCAGCACUUUUGAAGUUGGGAACUUUUGUAACUUGCAGUGAGCUUGUUGCUGUUUCCUGAUUAAUCAAUUUCCUGUCACAUGAUACUGCAGCAGAUCUCUGGUUACUGGUUGGAAUUGGAUUUCCCGAUAACACCUGAAGCAGCGUCUAUAUGUGUCAGUGGGAACUCUGAGCAACACAAGUCAUUUUGAUGAGGGGCUGUAAGCCCUGCCUCAAACCACUGUUUCCAUGCAGCUCCUUUAAAACCCUGUAUUUGUUGUCUCAGCUAAAAAUGCUUUGUGUUAUUUACACUUGCAACUUUUUUUUUAUAUCAAAAGCAUUUUUAUAUAAUAAAGGUUCUAUUUUAAGGAA